UUUCACGUUCAUUCAUUUCUCAUUCUUCUUUUUUUUUUUGUUCGUACAACAUCAAUUCAGCUUAUAUUUCUUCAUACACAAACAUAAAAAAGAAGUACUAUUUCUUACAACUCGUCUCAAGCGAACACAAACCUGUACCAUAGUUCAAAGACUGAUCAGCCUGCCUUUCUGUUAGUCAUUCUUUCCUAAAUGCAGAAAAAGAAUGGUGGUUAUGUGCCCCUGCAUAACAAUGACUCUGACCAACCCCCACAAAGUCAACAGGAAGACGAAGAACCUUCACACCACAGUAGCAAUGAAGAAAGUGAUAGCCCCACUCCACAAAGCCGCGGUCAACAACCUCCAGUUCAAGGAUAUUCACACUCCCAAGUCAUUGUCACACCAAGUGCUCAAAGUCAAUCUGUGGAUCAAACCAAGGACAAUAGCGAUGACGGCAGAAAUCAAAAACCACAGGAGCAGCAACAGCGGUCGAAAGAUACCCAACAAUGUUUUUUAGAUUCGACUGCGCCUGCGUCUGCGUCCACGCUUUCAGAUACAACUCGCCCAUUUCCGCACGCCACCGUGUCUGCACCAGCUGCACCCCAGUCAACCCAAUCAAACGUGUCAUCCAAUCUACCUUCGCUUCAUUUUCCACGUUUCGGAGCCAAACGCAAGAGUCUUGGCAACUCUGCCAUGAGUGACGCUGGAUCAAGUUCUCCUUAUGCCCGUUUCGCAGUCUCUAAAUCUCUGACUGGUACCACUACUGGUGUCUUCAGUAACAGCAACAGCAGCAACAAUCGCAAUCACGACAGUAGUAGCAAUAUAGCCAAUAUGGCCCCUGAGCUAGCCAACAUUCGACCGAAACAGCGCCCAUAUACUACACAUUCAGGACCGCGGGGAAUUGAAAAAUCUCAGAAACAAGAAGUCUUGCGAGAGAUUCGUCCUGACCCACAUAAUCUCCCAGAGGAACUGCUGAGGGAACAGGCUCGCAGUGGUGCAGCAGUAGAUGCGCUUUACCAACAGCAACAGCAACAGCAACAGAAUGAGGUUCAUCCUCAAAGCAGCCCUGGCAGCGGUAUCGGCAGUCAUGGCCAUGCAGCUAGUGGAGAAAGAGGAACACUCCUCGGAGCAGGGGAUGGUCUUGGGCUUGGAAUCGGCUUGGGUGGGAAAGCAAAUGCAACACCUCAUUCCCGCUGGGGUCGACGACCGAUCCGAAGAAAGAAAGGUGUACCGAGUACUGGACUGGGUAAAGAGAAUGAUCAACGAGUGAUUCAUUCGUCUGUGUUUUUACCUGUCCAUGUAUCAGUUCCUAUGACUCCCCCGCCUGCAUUGACACCAGAUCAUGCAGAGCCUAUGACCAGCGAGCGAUUUGUUGCAAUCGUAGACUCUGUCAAAGAAGCGAUCCACUCUGGAAUUCAGCCAUUAAGAAUUGCUCAGGGCUCAUCAGGGUCCUACUUUUGCAGGAACGUGGAGGGCAAGAUUGUCGGAGUUUUCAAACCCAAGAACGAGGAGCCUUAUGGUCAACUGAACCCCAAAUGGACAAAGUGGAUCCAUCGAAAUUUGUUUCCAUGUUGCUUCGGGCGUAGCUGUUUGAUUCCGAAUUUGGGAUACAUUUCCGAAGCAGCAACAUCGCUCGUGGAUAGACGGCUCAAACUCAAUAUUGUCCCCAGUACUGAGGUUGUUUGGCUUUCUUCUCCAGCUUUCCACUAUGACUAUCUGGACAGACGUGCUGCCAAGAUAACCAAAGGUGCAAAACCUUUGCCAGAUAAAGUUGGAAGCUUCCAGCUCUUUAUGAGUGGAUUCAAGGAUGCGAACCUAUUUAUGAGAGAUCAUCCUUGGCCAAUAGAAUCAGCUAUAACUACAUCAGCACUACCGUCAUUGCCAGGACCUGUAGAAGAUGCAAACGGAAAAGGGAAACGUUCUUCCUCAGCUAGCAUACGCAAUGGUCACCAGGAUCAUAGAGACAAUACAGAUGGUGCGAGCGUUCAUAACGAUACUAUAGGGUCAGCAUAUAGUGGCUUUGUAGGUGGAGCUAAUCAAGGGACUGGUCGACCUGGUUUUAAUUGGACACCAGCAUUGCAGCAACAGUUUAGAGAACAAUUUGAGAAGAUGGUUAUUUUAGACUAUCUUAUCCGCAACACAGACCGCGGACUUGAUAAUUGGAUGAUUCGAUAUUGUGAGAAGGAGGGGAUCUCGAUUGUUGCGGGUACUCAGAAUGCAGGAGGUCAGAAGAGCAAUCUUCAAAACCAACAACAGGCAGAAGAAUCGCGCCGUAGCUCACGUGUAGUUGAUUUAUUAGGACUCCGUUCCGAUCGAUCUCCAAGCAGUUCUUUGCGUGAAACGUUAGGCGGUGCAACAGGCCGUAGCAGCAUGUUGGCCACGCCUCCGGGAACGCCGCCACGGUCAAGCCUCUCCCGAGGUCCAUUUGGUAUAGAAUCGCUGCAAGACCAUGCAACUCAGGAUGAGACUGAAGCAGCAGGAAGGAGAAGCUCUGUUCAACCCAAAGCUAGAUCAUCCAAUGAAAGUGUCAAAGAUAGUAAGAUGACACCGACGGAUCUCCCAGGAACUAUUGAGUCAUAUUACGGAUCCACGCAUAUCCACGUAGCAGCCAUUGACAAUGGUCUGGCUUUUCCAUUUAAACACCCUGACUCUUGGCGUUCAUAUCCAUAUGGAUGGCUCUUCUUACCUCGUGCGUUGAUCGCUCAGCCUUUUACUAAAGCCACACGCGAUCAUUUCCUACCUUUGCUCUCUUCGCCUAUGUGGUGGAGAGACACAAUUGCAGAUUUGAGGAGAUUGUUCAGUAUUGAUACCGAUUUUGAUCAGGGUAUGUUUGACAAGCAGAUGGCAGUCAUGAAAGGACAAGGAUGGAAUAUUGUGGAAACACUCAAGAAUCUAGAUCAGGGGCCCAUGGAUCUUUGUCGACGUGUAGCCUUGGUAGUGUGGGAUGAGGAGGUGACAUUGGAAGCCGGAAUAACAGCAUCUAUGUUGACGCAAUACCAGCAACAGCUUCAAGAGCAACAGGGGCUGACCAUGAAAGGAGGUGGUACAGAAGGCGCCAGAGGGAGCAGUAUAUAUGGACAAUCAUAUACAAGCACACAGCCAAAGGCUAUGAUGAUGGAUCCUUCUGGAAGAGGCAGUAGCUAUAGUCAUUACGGUAGUAUCGUGACUAUCGGCGAUCGAUUAUCCAAUGUAAAAACACUCUCGAUGUCAUCAACAGCUGUUGGCGAAGGAACACCGUUCCUUGCAAAAUCGCAUGAUCAGCAUUUGCAUUCGUUAUCCAAGAAGGGGUCUUUGCCGCACUUAGUGAUCAACAUGGAUAACGAAGGCAAUAAUGGGGAUAGAGGCUCGCAGCCACAUAAGCACGACAGUCUGCGACAGGUGGUCAGUGAUGGAGAGUAUGAGUUUGAUGAUGGGGAUGAGGAUGAGGAUGAGGAUGAGGACGAGGAUGAGGACUAUGACGCAUUCUCAUACGAUGAAGAUGAUGAUGUUUUAGGAGAACUUGAGGAGCAGGCUUUAUCUGACCGUUCACACAACGUUCUGCAAACGCAAGCGGCUCCGGGUAUGGUCUCCAUUGAUAUGACGCUCACAGAUCCUGAAGCAGCACAAACUCUUGCUCAAAGUCAACGGCGCCGCCAGAGUCACCAGAGCGAAGGAGGUGGUGGGCGAUCGAGACGGAGCCGGCAACGCAGAAUGAGCGAAAUAGCUCAUGUCGAGGGGGAGUCAUCUAAAGCUACCUCAUCGAGCCAGAACGCAGAUUUGGAUUCAUCCAAGAGGGACCAUCGUCGAAGUAGGACUGAACAAGGUGCAGGAACCAUCAGGUUCGAUAGUUCUGUCACGGUGUCACCAAAUAAUGUCAAAGGAGUGAAUAGUACCCAUGACGAAGCGGCAAGAACAAGUCUAUUGCAGCUCUCAUCUCCAACCAAAAAGUCAGCUGAUGUUAAGAAUCCAUUCGAAUCACCAGAGUAUAUUAUCACACAUGGAGCACCACCACCAGAUCAAGAACCAGAACGCGGUCGAGGAUAUUUUUCGCGCAGCUAUGGGGCUGUCUCGUCGUCGGCGUCGCCCAAAAACAGUGGUGAUUCAAGCUCAAGAGGAGGAGAAAGAGAUCGUCUAAGCGAGCGACCUAGAUGGGCAGAUCGACUCCGAAGAGGAUUAAGCUUCGAUGGUCAUCUGCUAGUCGGAGGAAUUGGUCAAGUCGCAAGGAGAGAGCGUAAACUGAGAAAGCAAAGACAACGAGAACGGGAGCUGUUUGAGCAGCGUGUAGUCCUUAUCGAGAGGAUUGAGCCCGUGACGAAGAAUUUGCCUUACUUUACAUGGUGGUAGACUUUG